AUGGCUCGCUUCGCCGUGGUCGCCGCCAUCAUCGCCCUCCUCGCCGUCUCCACCGCCGCGCAGGGCCCCAUGCCGGCACCCAGGAUGGCCCCUCUCCCCGCACCUCCGGCGAGGUCCCCGGCCACCGCCCCUGCGCCGGUCGCCACCCCGCCCACCGCCGCGUCACCGUCCCCGAUGGCCUCUCCCCCUGCCCCGCCCACCGACGCGCCGACGGAUGCUCCCUCCGCGAUGACGCCGCCCGCGGUCUCCGCCACACCCUCCGGCGCGCCCAUCGGCGCCCCCACCGGCACCCCCGCGAGCUCUGCCGUGUACUCGUCCGCCGCUAGCUUCGUCGCAGUCGCCGGAGCGGUUGCCGCCGCCAUCGUCUUUUAG